UCAAAUAUUUGGCAAGAGCGCGGGGAUGCUCGGGCUGACGUCAUCAGAGCGUGUGACGUCACCGGGGUGGAGGACGACUACUGCUACUCCCCAUGGAGCCCUGGCAGAGCCGCUAGAGGGUCUCACGGUCACCGCACCAGUGACUGACCAUAAGCCGCCCAGAGGCUGACCUGACCGGACGGUUACCGAGCAGCGGCUGUGCUCAGGCCACGCCCCCGCACGCCACGCCCAGCGCGACCCAGGCAGCAUCCCAGCCCUGAGCCGCAGGAGCUCGCGCCGGCUCCGUUACAGCAGCUCCGGUCACCGCCGCCGCCAUGUUCAGCUGGGUCAGCAAAGACGGCCGUAGGAAGAACGAACCCCAGCUCUUCCAGACGGUCGCCGACGGGCUCCGCCAGCUGUACAACCAGAAGCUGCUGCCCCUGGAGGAGACGUACCGCUUCCACGACUUCCACUCCCCGGCGCUGGAGGAUGCCGACUUCCAUAACAAGCCCAUGGUGCUGCUGGUGGGCCAGUACAGCACGGGCAAGACCACCUUCAUCCGCCACCUCAUGGAGCAGGACUUCCCCGGCAUGCGGAUCGGCCCGGAGCCCACCACCGACUCCUUCAUCGCCGUCAUGCACGGCCCGGUGGAGGGGGUCGUGCCCGGGAACGCGCUCGUCAUGGACCCCAAGAAGCCCUUCAGAAAGCUCAGCGCCUUCGGGAACGCUUUCCUCAACCGGUUCAUGUGCGCUCAGCUACCUAACCCCGUCCUGGAGAGCAUCAGCAUCAUAGAUACUCCUGGCAUUCUGUCUGGGGAGAAGCAGCGUAUCAGUAGAGGUUAUGACUUUGCCGCAGUCUUGGAGUGGUUUGCCGAGCGCGUGGAUCGCAUUAUCCUGCUUUUUGAUGCUCACAAGUUGGACAUAUCUGAUGAAUUUUCUGAGGUCAUCAAAGCACUCAAAAACCACGAGGAUAAAAUCAGAGUUGUGCUGAACAAGGCAGAUCAGAUUGAAACCCAGCAGCUUAUGAGAGUGUAUGGGGCCCUCAUGUGGUCACUGGGAAAGAUCAUCAACACUCCGGAGGUGGUGCGAGUAUACAUCGGGUCAUUCUGGUCCCAUCCUCUGCUUAUCCCGGACAACCGCAAACUGUUUGAAGCCGAAGAACAAGACUUAUUCAAGGACAUCCAGUCCUUACCCAGGAAUGCUGCCCUCCGCAAGCUGAAUGACCUCAUUAAAAGAGCUAGGCUGGCCAAGGUCCAUGCCUAUAUUAUUAGUGCUUUAAAAAAGGAAAUGCCAAAUGUCUUUGGUAAAGAUAACAAAAAGAAGGAGCUGAUCAAUAAUCUGGCGGAGAUUUACAUGAAAAUAGAAAAAGAGCAGCAGAUCUCCCCCGGAGACUUCCCCAGCCUCAAGAAAAUGCAGGAAAUUCUAAUGACCCAGGACUUUUCCAAGUUCCAGUCUAUCAAGCCAAAGUUGCUGGAUGCAGUUGAUGACAUGCUGGCCAAUGACAUUGCUAGGCUCAUGGUCAUGGUCAGGCAGGAGGAAUCCCAAAUGACAACCCAAGUGGUGAAAGGUGGAGCAUUUGACGGAACCACGAAUGGUCCAUUUGGCCACGGAUAUGGGGAGGGAGCUGGAGAAGGCAUUGACGACGUAGAGUGGGUAGUAGGAAAAGAUAAACCAACGUAUGAUGAGAUCUUUUACACACUUUCUCCUGUCAAUGGGAAAGUCACCGGUGCUAGUGCCAAAAAGGAAAUGGUGAAGUCCAAGCUCCCCAACACCGUCUUGGGCAAAAUCUGGAAGUUGGCAGAUGUGGACCGAGAUGGUUUUCUUGAUGAUGAAGAGUUUGCUUUAGCAAAUCAUUUAAUAAAAGUGAAAUUAGAAGGGCACGAGCUUCCAGCAGAGCUGCCAACUCACCUCAUCCCACCUUCAAAACGUCGAGGAGAGUGACCACUUACCCUGCCACCCAUCUUUUCAUCUUCAGUGUCUUCCAUUUUUUUUUUCUUCAUUAAAUGCCUCAUUUGAAAGAACUACAAGAAAAGGAUUUUCAACGCCAUUUAACUUUUUAAAAUGUUUAAAAUUAUAUUCUUACAAAACCCCUCUAAAUAAAAGGACUGGUUUAUUGUUGGAGCAGUGGUGAUGUCAGAAGGCUAAUGCUAUGCUUGUUCUACAGCUGAGGGCUGGGGUGUGUGAAAUGUCCAUCUGGUGUCUCACAAAAUUAUUCUGAUGACAUCAGUCAAGCUGUGAUCCAUGACCAAUGAUGAAAUGUCAGCGAUUGUGAGGAAUUUUCUACUGAAAUCUUUCUUUACCUGCCGGUUGUGUGGACAAGUCAAUGUCAGGAUUGAUGGAGAUGGACUUCUGACAUGCAUGUCUUAUUGGUCAUGGUACCACCAUCUUUCUGCCUCAGUUGUAGAAACAUUAAAGGGAGAUGUAUCGCUGCGUAGCUAUCAUGUUUUGUGUCCUUUGGAUUAUCGUCACACGACCAUCAUUUUAUGCUAAGGACAAAUCCACCACAAAGUCACCAUGUCUUAAAGGGUUGCUGUUUUUUAGAUGUCAUAGCGACCUAUCUUUGAUAUGUCGUUAUCGCUAUGACAUCAGAAGUUUUGUGAAGGCUCAGCGACUCCUAAAUGGGGAUGUGGAUGCAGAUUUCAGAUGAAAUUGCUGCAGACUUCACUCUUUGGAUUAUAAAGCGGAAAGUCCACAUGUAAGACGAGCAGAUUUUGUAGCAGAUUUGCCUGCAGUAAAAUUAUGGUAUGUGAAGGCACCCGUAGGCUAGUUUCACACAGGCGGCAGAGCAAUCCGUCAAGGGAACAGCCUGACAGAGUUCUCUGGAUCCGGCCUAGCCAGAUACUGCCAUUCACCACCGGCGCCCAUUGUCUAUAAUGGGAACCGGUGGGGAUCUGGCCGCUUCCCGGGAUUUAUGACUGGAUUCGGCCUAACAGAAACUGUUGCGUGCAGCGGCCUUUGUCCAGCCAAAUCCCAGCAUAAAUACCAGGCAGCAGCUGGAUUCCCACCAGAUCCCAUUAUAGUCUGUGGGGUUCAGCGGGCACCCAGCAUUACCUGGCUAUGCCGGAUGCAGAGACCUCCAGCAAGCUGUUCUCUGCCAGACUGCUCUGUCACCUCUGUGAAAGAAGCCUUAAAGGGGUAUUCCAGUAAGUACAAGUUAUCCCCUAUUCUGUGAUAACUAUCAGAUUGGUGGGGUCCUACAGCUGGGACCCCCACCGAUCACGAGAAUGGCGUCCUCAUUCCUCCUGCAGGCCCCUUGCUGCUCCCAUGAAAUGACAGAAGUGGCUGGUUGCGCAGCCGCUCCAUUAAUUUCUAUGGGGGGUUCCGGAGAUAGCCGAGUACAGCGCUCCCCUAUCUCCGGAACACCCAUAGAAAUGAAAGGAGUGGUCAUGCACAUGUGCGGCAAGCUGCUCCAGUCAUUUUAGGGGAGCAGCAAGGGGUAUGGAGUCCCUGUUCUUGUGAUUGGUGGGGGUCCCAGCGGAAGGGCCCCCACCGAUCUGAUAGUUAUCCUGUGUACCUACCAGAAUACCCCUUUAAACCUCUUCUGUCUUCCACUUUAUUGCCUUAGAGAACAUUGAAGCUGCUAAUAGCCUGAACAAGGCCUCCGCGCCAGCAGUGUUAUUUUCCAGUAUUCCACCAGCUUGAAUGUAGAGCUAUGAACACGAUGGUUAUUCCACUGAACUAAUGCCAGUCUCCAGCCUUCUUCAGUAUUAAAUAUUUAGUUUUGCAUUUUUUUUAUUGACUAUGUAGUAGCUGAAAAGGGAGACCUGUUAUUUGAAAGACCCUUUAAUGGGCAAGAAACAAGCUUGCAUCUUCUCAUUGUUGGUGUUACCACCGGGGUAUUGUGUGGCCAAACAUACACCCGCACAUGGAUGGUUGGUAGUUUGGAUCCAUGCAUUACCCCUGUGAUGACACUUGGUGCACAGGACAGGAUGUGUUGUCUUCAGGACACUGGAGAAGACAACUGAAGGAUUAGCGCCUGCAACUUCAAGCCCUUGGCCACUUUAAGGCCUCUUGAACACGACCUUAUGGCUUUUUCAGUAUUUUGCAGUCUACCAGAUGACGUCCGUGUGCAUUCCAUUUUUUGCGGAACGGAACAGCUGGUCCUUGAUAGAACAGUACUAUC